GGCUAAAGGCGUUGGAUUCGACCAAUUGAAAACGAUUUGACAUUGAUGCACGCACCUGAUAACAUGGCUGACACGAUACAAGGGGAUGUCGUCACAUUGUUGACAAAAUGUUCAAUUGGUGAACUAAAUGCUUUAUGUCACACAGUAGUUGCUAAUAUCAGCAGUCGACAGCCCCUGGAUUACAACACCUAUUCCAAGCUAUGGAGUUUGGAAGAAUGGUGGAAUGUCACCGAAAGUAUCCACUCACUGCUAAAACUGAGUAUUAAGAAUUCAUGGACUAAAGAUGAGAUUUUUGGAAAGCUUGGCUCGUUGCCAGAUGACUACAAGCAAACUGUUAUGGAAGUGGUUAGUGUGCGUAGAGAGGACCUCCGGAAAAGUCUGCUUGCCUCAACAGCUGCCAUCUCACAGAAUGUACUGGCAGACUUUGACUGGCAAAUGAAGUUGGUGAUGUCGAGUGACAAGCUAUCCUCUCUCCACACUCCACUCCUCAACCUCGACCUACAGGUGGCGGACUGCAAUAAUCACAACAGAGUUGUCUCCCUUGAACUAGACCGAACUGACCUCAAGAAACUGAUCGCAUCAUUGGAGGGAGCAGGGAAGGCUGUACAGCACUUAUCCUCCUGAGUUGAGAAGAGCGAGGUCCCGCCAUCAUUCCGGAAGUCUUCCUCAAAUGCACAUGGUCGUCAACUUUAAACGCUGUGGAGACUUGCUCAGUCUCACUUACCUGCCCUCCACAUUGUACAACUUGCCUGGAUCCUUUCUACAGAGUUCACCCAUCUCUAGCCAUGUUAGGUUGUGUUGGGAUCGUGGAAAUGUGCAAUAGUAAACUGACUGUGUGUUACCCUGAGAAUAAGUUUCAAAUCUAUUGUCAAUGCAUAAUUCAAUCAUUGAUCUAUAUAUUCUCAUCUCUAAAGUUGAAUCAAGUAGCCAUCAGUGUCUUGUUGCUUGCAGAAAGAAGUUUUGUUAAGUUGCAAUAUUCUUCAUAAAAAUCAUAUUGCACUUACACAGGAGGUAUGCUGUGUGAUAUGAAAAUGAAUAGUAAAAGAAUAUUAAUAAAGAAUAUAUAUUAACAGUUAUCAACAUGAUCAAGUCAAUGUUAACUUCACCAACUCAGUUUUCGCAAGGGUAGACAAGGCCACGGAGAGGAGUUGUUUUUAAGCAAAAUCUAGUUAUUUUACAUCAGGCUAAAAAAAAUUUUAGUCUUGGUUCUCAGGCACCGUCCGCACCAUCAUAAAGUCAGCCGCACGUUUCUUUUUUAUUUCCAUUUU